AUGGCUACUAUGACCGCCUCGUCAUACAGGCCAGCCGCCACGUUCCUUCCUUCCUCCUCUACAUCUCCCUCCGUACAUGUUAUUGAUUCGGUCGCCACCCAGCAAGAAUCUGAAUUCGAAGAAGAUUACCCCCCUCCUCUUUUCUGCCGCGCUCUCUAUGACUAUACAGCGCAAGACGCUUCAGCACUCACCUUUCGAACUGGCGAUGUCAUAGAGAUCUUGUCCCAGCAACCGUCGGGGUGGUGGGAUGGUUUACUUGGUGACGAACGCGGGUGGUUUCCGUCGAAUUAUGUGGCCAUAAUAUCGGAGGAGGAAGCUGAACUCCAAAUGUCUGGGUCGGAAUCCAACGCCGAAAGCCAGACUCUCGCCACCAAUUCUCAGUCUCGACUUUCGGUGGUCGACAUGUCUGAGGCGUUGAUGCGGGGUUCGAGCGCUGAAAAUGAGCAGUGGUUGGAAAGCGAGUUCAGUGAAUCAAGAGAUAGCAUGGUCGAUUUGACAAAUGCUACGCUUGAAAAUCGGACGACAUCUUCGAGUGACUUUUGGAUGCCUCAAGUCGCUUCGAAUGGUCAGAUAUAUUAUAUCAAUACGAAAACAGGGCAACACUCUCGCGAUCUCCCGCAAGAAGCUGACGAUGACACCUCCGAUAGCGACUUGGCCGGCCUCACAUCUCAGUCUAGCUCCCGUUCAGGAACGAGUGCCGGUCUUGGCUACAAUUCCGAACCACUCAACUCAUUGUUACCGUACUCUGCGGGAAAUGCUGCAGGCUUUGGACUCUUGCGAAGGAACGGAACGCCUGAACCGUGGGUCAAAAAGUUGGCGGAUGAUGGGAUGUCCUGGUAUUAUUACAACAAGGAGGAUGGAGCUGUACAGUGGACGCGACCGGAGUCUACGCCCAAUGGUCCGCGAAAUUUAGGGUCUCAAACCCAAGCUUCCAAUAAUACUACCUCUCAUCCCUCCAAUCAUAACACGCGUCGGCUAAGCGUGUACUCCGACAGUUCUGAGAUUUAUCCGGAUACUGCUGCUCGAUCUCAUAUCAAUGGUCUCUCCAACGACACCGAUCGGAUAAACACCAACGCGAAACAGGAAGCACCCGAACUCACAUCUGCUGAACGAAUUGCUCAGUCUUUGCAGCAAGCACUAGCACCCCCACCCCCAGAGCUCGUGACGGAUAUGUCUGCAUUAGCACAGGCUUCCAUACAUGCUGUUGUGGAGAACAUACGAUCUACGACGGAGAAUCGACAGCCAGAGGAUGACCAGCGUAUGGAUGAUCUGAUACAUUCCGUGGUCUUGGCUGUUCGGAAUCUACUUUAUGUCGCAGCUGUUCCAACUAGCCAAAUACCUUCGAACGUCCUUCCUCGUGGCGUACGCGAUCACCAGCCCUCCAGUUCAAGUUCCCCGCUUAAGCCUGCACAACGAAAAGUCACAGCAACGCUAUCCAGGCUCGUGCUAUCCGCACGUGCCAUACAGUACGAUUCUGGAUCGUCCCCGUCUGAUACUUUAAAUCGAAUAGAGGUGGACGCGGAGGAAUUGGGACGAGCAGUUCUCUCCUUCGUGCUAGAAGUGCAACGGAUACAGCAUUCCGAGUCAGGCGCGCAGGUGCUUCCUCCUACAAAACGGCUGAAAGCUGUUUUUGGUACUUCUAACAUUGGUCUCGGCCUUCCUGGUGCUGGUGCAGCCGCAACAUGGAAGGGUUUUGGCUGGGUGUCUCUCGAGGAUGAAUCCCUGUCACCGCAAAAAGUUCUUCGGACGGAUGUGAUUGAUGAGGUGGGCGAGUCUUGUAACAGAAUCUACUCAAGUCUCGCUCGAUUGAGCUCAGCGGUGAGGACGCCUGAGCAGUGUGAAGUUGAUCAAAUCCAACUCCUCGCCAGAGAAAUCACAACCCUGAUAUCUUAUUUCCUGACUUAUGUGGCUGACGUUAAUGUCGGUCGCCACGUCGUUAUUGAUGCCCCAACAGAAGUACCUGCUAAUGCUUUAUACGAGAGGACGCUAGAAAAAGCCCGUAUGCUCGUACGAUCACUGGAAUCUUCCAUCCAGUCGGUGUAUGACGAUUGCGCUGAAGUCUUACUACAAGCUCAGGCGAUGCGAGAUGUGGAAUUGGGGCAGCCCUAUCAAGAAAGGGAUUAUGCAUGUGACAUCCUAAACGUUCUCGUAACAUCACUCAAAGCCAACCUCGCGGUGGUUCACCAGACACUACAAGGCAUCCUCACGUUAGGACAUGAACAGCGUGAUAUAAGUCAGGGCGAUUACAGUGGCUCGAUUGAGAAGAGGUUUUCCAGACAGAGUUUAAUCGGUGUCCAGUUUGGUGGGGCUCUAAGACCACUAUCCAUAAUACCGAAGGCUUUCGACGAGGAAGAUAUCGUCGACAUCGAGACCGCCUUCCAGCGUGGACCUGUUAGGCCACGACUGCAAGUACCGCUCGAGCCUAAUCGAUAUGAUCCCAAUCGUCGUCCACAAAACGGGUCUCUACCACCCUCGAAUGUUAACUCCACUCAUGGCCAUGAUCGUUCUGAUUCUCUAACGGAAUCGACUGUCUUCGGGCAGGAUGCAAAUGAUCCGGGUGACUUGUUGAUCGAGGAUGACCAGAGCCCGGCGUCUGAUGACAAUCAUAAGGGCAAACCGAAACAGUCAGAUAAGCUCAUAAGGCUUCUUGGAAAUGAUGUUCCCCUGCCUCCUGAGGAGAAACCUUGGUUCUUGGGCCCCGACUCAGAUCCUGCCGAUCUCAUUCUCGACGCCGACAGGACCGUGAAGGGUGGGACCGUCAAAGCUCUCGUAGAACGACUGACUGCACAUGACACAGCUGAUCCUCAAUAUUCCAAGGCCUUCUUGAUGACGUUCAAAUCAUUCACUACAUUGGAUGAACUGUUUGACCUUCUGGUUGACCGUUUCCGGAUUCCACCGCCACCAAAACUUUCACCGAGCGAGACAGAUCAAUGGGUGAGAUUGAAACUAAAAAUUGUUCAAGCACGUGUCAUAAAUACUUUCAAGUCGAUGAUAACAGAUGACGAUGUGCUCGAGAAAGAGGACGUGUACAUCCUAGGCCGAAUGAAGGAGUUUGUUUUAUCAGAAGGCGUGUCCGUCUUCCCUGCGGCCAAACAGCUGCUCAAUCUUGUUGAACGAGCCCAACAAAGCGGUGAAACCAAGAAGUUGAUUGUUAAUGCAACACAAUCACCACCCCCAAUAUGGCCCAAGACCAACAGGAAACUCAAACUCUUGGACAUAGAGCCGCUAGAGCUUGCGAGGCAACUUACUCUCCUUGAAAGCUCUCUCUAUCAGAAAAUAAGACCCAUGGAGUGUUUACAGCGUGCUCGUGAACAAAAGGCGGAGAACAUGGAUAACAUUGCUUACGUCAUUCAAACCAGUAAUCGGAUUGCCGACUGGGUGGCUGAAUCCGUGUUAAGUAAAGACGACUCCCGCCGACGUGCGGCCACCGUCAAACAUCUGAUCAGUGUUGCUGAUCGGUGUCGAACUCUCAAUAACUUCUCAACAAUGAUCGCUAUAAUUUCUGGCCUCAACACACCGCCUAUACGCCGGCUAAAACGGACUUGGGAACAGGUCAGCCAGAGAUACAUGGCUCAGUUUGGGGCUUGUGAAGUCACUUUGGACAGCAACCGAAACUUCAACAAAUAUCGGUCAAUGUUGGCUGCUGUCGUACCGCCUUGCGUUCCCUUUAUCGGUGUCUUCCUGUCGACAUUACAGUUCAUUCAAGAUGGUAUCCCAGAUAAUCUCCCUGGUAACCUGGUCAAUUUUAAGAAACGACAAAAAGCAUCUGAGGUCAUCAGCGACAUCAAACGAUGGCAGGCCCACUCAUUCAAUUUCCAAAUUGUGCCAGCGAUCCGAGAUUACGUCGAGGAAUCGUUAUCGUCGUUUGGCGACACUCGUCUUUCGAGUGAACGGUUCUGGGAGAUGAGUUUGGAACGGGAACCGAGAGAGAGGGAAGAUGAAAAAAUGGCCAGGCUGUUGCAAGAGAGCGGAUUCCUGUGA